AUGGAACAAAAUAAUCUACCGGUAAUGGCCAAGAAAAUAUGGAGCUUAGUACGUGUAGCUUUCUUCAUGUUAAGAAAGGGCAUUUCAAAGCGAAAGCUCCUCCUCGACCUCAACAUGAUGAUGAAGCGUGGCAAGCUCGCCAGCAAAGCCCUCAGCAACCUCAUGUUCCACCACCACCAUAGCCAAAGCCACUCCCACCACUGCAGCGCAGCCUCCUCCGCCGCUCCUCGGGAGUACGAGUUCAGCUGCAGCAACACCCCCAACUACACGUUCCACCUCAUGGGCAAGCGCCGCCACCAGAGCCACCACCACAACUUCUUCGCGUGUGCUCACGCGCCGCCCACUCAGGAUGACGAGGUGGCUGCCGCUGGCGCCGUGAAGGCGGUGCUGGAGAUGUUGAAUAACGAAGUGAUGGCUACGGAGGCGGCCACUUCGGUGGCAGCAUCACCGCUUCCCGGGUUCGGGAAGAGCCCCAUGGUCCGCCAGCUGAGGAUAACGGACUCUCCGUUUCCUUUGAGGGAGGCGGACGAGGACAGCCACGUGGACAAAGCGGCGGAGGAGUUUAUAGAGAAGUUCUACAAGAAUUUGUGGCAGCAGAAUAGAAUGCAGGACUGA